CGCGCUCAACACUCGUGUCUUAAGACUUUGAAGUUAAAAUCAUCGAAUGUUGUGCACUUCCGCAACUUCGUUUAAUACGAUGCAUGUGAUUUUGCGUGACAUUCGUGACUGUGAAUUUAGUGAAAGAUUUAAACAAUCUACUUACUUAUCAAAAAUUAAAUCGUCAAUUAUUGUGCAAUAUUGAUACAUGUUAAUGACAUUUUAAUUAAUUUUUAAACGAAGUUAUCAAUACAAAAUAAUAACAAAGACUGUUCAUCGCUUUAUGGAGGAACGUUGAAGCUUAAACCGGUUUUACAAUAUUAAUCGUGCGAAAAGGACAGAAUAUUCCAAAUAUUUCCUUUAUAACACAAAAGUCUCAAUUGAAAAAUUUCGAACAAAGUUAGAAGUUACCAUUAUAAUUGUACUUACGCAAUAAAUCGCUAACCUGUGCGUAUGUAACGGAAAUCCCUCAUUGAGGAGUCAUCUCGAGAAUUGUUAAUAGUUUAGUAGUAGACCGGCCGCGUUAGCGGACACACGUGUCUUUAACCCAAACAACUUACGAUAUAUUAUAAACUAGACAACAAUGAAUUGCGGAUUGUUUAUAGUUUUGUUGUGUGUAUUCGGUGUGUAUGGAAGUAAUUCGAAGAGAAUUCAAGUUUGUGAUGAACACAGCAGCGUGGACAUUUCUACAGGAAUUCCUAUGAAAAAUGGCGAUAUAUAUUACAAGGAUUAUUACUAUAGCAGAGACGAAUACUACAUCGAUGAAAACGGGAAAGAAAGAGGUUGUAUAUGUUCAAAAAUUACUUGCAUAAGAAAAUGCUGUCCGUUCGGCUUUGGUUAUAAUAUAAAGAAGAAGAGCUGUGAUAAUGUUAGAGAGGCUUUUAAGCCCCCAGUGUGGGAUAUUAUUUCGUACAGAGUACUUGAAGAUGUUAACGCUACCUCACUGUUUCAUUUUAUUCCUGGAAAAAUGAACUGCACAGCACCAAAGACUAGGAGGAUCCCUAUAAGUCCCGCGGCUGAUCUAUAUCACCUUAGAAUGGAUGGCAAACUUUUCAUCAUGAUUUCUGGUAACAUACCACCAUGGCUCAUCUUAGGACCAGAGAACUACUGCAUAGAUACCUUCGUGCACGAAGACUCCUCGGGAGAGAGAACCACUCAACUGGACGCCCUUAUAUGCUUCGCUGAGAAACAAGAAGAAAACCACUAUGUGUUGAGUUUCACAUGUAUGAUUAUAUCCUGCGUGUUUAUCCUAGCAACAUGUGCUGUUUACGCGUGGCUUCCAGAGCUGCGGAAUCUUCACGGCAGGGUGCUGAUGGCGUACCUCCUGUGUCUGUUCGUGGCCUUCGCUUUCAUGGCAACCAUGCAGAUUAUGUUGACAAUUGAUAACAUUUCUAGCAAUGCGUGUGCUGUUUUGA